UGAACCUCUCGCUCGUUCAAAUCUUGGUAUACUUAUCUUCCAUUAAUCAUCGUAAUCCGUGCGUGCUAUCGACUGUGAUUAUUCAUACAGCUUAAGGCCUACCAGAGCCAUUAAUCCCCCUCUCCAGUGCAAUAGAAACAAUGCAGCCUUCGUCGAGUACUCCGUCGACGAGUGCAGUAGGAGUGUCGAUGCAGCCUUCUUCGAGUACACCAGAAGCGACGAUGCAGACUCCAUCGGCUAGUACAGCAGAAGUGUGGUUAGCGUUCCACACCGUGACUUUCUACCACGAUGUGAUCAACACACGGGUCACCAAUGAUCCCUCUGAGGUCGAAAGGUGGAUCAACGUGAUGGAAUACAUCCACCAAGGGAAUUUACAUAAGCUUGUGGUCGGCCUCGACCUCGAAUGGCGCCCGAACCUCACUGGAGACAGAGCCCAAGACAACCCAGUUGCCCUCAUUCAGCUCUGCGUCGGGCACCAGUGCCUUAUCUUCCAGGUCCUCUGGGCGAGCUCUGUGCCGGACUCUCUCCGCACAUUCAUGGGCAACCCUAGAUACACCUUUGUAGGGGUUGGCAUCGCGGAAGACGCGCGGAAGCUACGGUCAACCUACUGGCUGAAUAUUGAGCACAUUGUCGAUCUCCGGACGCGUGCAUUCUCUAUGUUUCGGGAUGAGCGGUUCUUCAGCGUCAGCCUCAAGGAUCUGGCGGAAAUUGUCCUUCAUAAAGUGCUCGAGAAGCCGAUGGAAGUGACGCUGAGUCGGUGGGACAACAAGAGGCUUUCAUUCAGUCAGGUCAAGUACGCGUGCCUUGAUGCCUUUGUUUGCUUCGAGUUGGGAAGGUACUUACGUGCAUCGGUUAACUAAUCGAUCGCCGAUUGAUAUCUAGAGCGACGAGAGACAAUUCAUACAGCUCGAAAUGCAGAUUAGU